ACAGAUAAUGAAGUGUGUCUGAAAGGAGAAUUCACUGAUAUUCAAUGGAAUCUGAUUGAAUGUGUUGAAAUAACAGAGCAAAACUCUUGCACAUCCACACACACUGUUAAACUCGACAAAUGUGACUAUACAAUGAAUGUUGAUAUGCCUCCAGUCAAACCUGCAAUACGGUUCAAUGCAACUAUUCCCUCUCAGUUUGAAUGGACUAAUAAACCUGAACAAUGUAAUCGUACGCUUAAAGUCGUUUGCAAUGGGAAAGAAACUUCUGGUUUAAAUGUAGCACAGUUUUUAUCACUCAAUGAACAGUACAACUGCACUGGAGAAUAUCCUUAUGAGAAACGACUCAUCAGGAGUAAUGCACUCUCUUUUCAAAUACCAUGUGACUGGCAAAAGAAUGGACGAUUUGAGCAGAGCACCAGCACCUCACUUGAAAUAUCCUGGAAUUCACUUGAGGGAGAUCAAUGCUCAGGGAUUAUAUGGGACAGUUUUUCAGCAAGCUGUGGUGGAAGCAGUCAUCCAAGGAAUUGUGUAAAACACAGCAGCACUAGCACAUACUGCAUUAUUACAAACUUAUUGCCAUAUAAAACUUAUAAAUGCAGUAUUAAUGGAAAAGUCAAUGAAAAAUAUUAUGAAAUUUACACUGGUGAAAAUAAAACACAUUCUGCCGAGCCCAUUUUCAAAUCAACUGCAAUUGAAGUAACUCACCCUGAUCACAAUUCUCUUGAAAUAAAAUGUGAUAAAAGGGAACCAAAGAUAAUCUGGAAUGGAGGAAAGGGAACAUUCAAGGCUGAAAUCACAUAUAGUGGAGAAACUAUCUCUAAAACCAGUGACACAUGCUCAUUUAAAUUUCAAGAUCUUUACUAUCUUACAACAUAUGAUGUGAAGAUUACAGCCACCAAUACAGAUGGACAUUCAGCUUUCUUUAAACAUGAAGCUGCUACUAAAUACAAUGACAAGGCUGUUGUUGGAUUCUUGGCAUUUCUAAUCAUUGUGACAUCAGUUGCGCUCCUCUUCGUGCUCUUCAAAAUUUACCUCCUUAAAAGAAAGCGAACUACUGAGGAUGAAGAGAUUCUUCUUACACAACCCUUGCGGAGAGUCGAGCCCAUCUAUGCUGACGGUUUAAUAGAUGCUUACAAGAGCAAGAUCGCUGAUGAGAGCCGUCUGUUCAUGGAUGAGUUUCAGAGCAUUCCCCGCAUUUUCUCUAAUUACACCAUCAAAGAAGCGAAGAAACCAGAAAACCAGUCCAAGAACCGCUACGUUGACAUUCUGCCCUAUGACUAUAAUCGGGUGUCUCUUUCGACUGGAGGCGAAGAUGACUACAUCAAUGCCAGCUUUAUCGAGGGAUAUCAAGAGCCAAAGAAAUACAUUGCAGCCCAAGGACCCAAGGAUGAGACUGUUUGUGAUUUCUGGAGGAUGGUUUGGGAGCAAAAGUCAUCCAUUAUUGUCAUGGUCACCCGCUGUGAGGAAGGAAACAAGGCUAAAUGCGCUCAGUAUUGGCCAUGUCUGGAAAGAGAGACUGAGAUUUUUGAUGAUUUUGUGGUGAAAAUCCGAUCUGAGCAACACUGCCCUGAUUAUAUCAUUCGCCAUCUGGUCCUGACCAAUAAGCGAGAGAAGGCCUCUGAAAGAGAGGUCACUCAUAUCCAGUUCAUUAGUUGGCCUGACCACGGAGUGCCUGGAGAUCCCAGCCUGCUUCUGAAGCUCAGAAGAAGAGUCAACUCCUUCAAGAACUUCUUCAGUGGCCCGGUCGUGGUCCACUGCAGUGCAGGGGUUGGCCGCACAGGAACAUAUAUUGGCAUUGAUGCAAUGAUCGAAUCUCUUGAGGCGGAAGGCAGAGUGGACAUCUAUGGAUACGUAGCAAAACUACGUCGCCAGCGUUGCCUCAUGGUUCAAGUGGAGGCCCAGUACAUACUGAUUCACACCGCUCUGAUUGAGCACAACCAGUUUGGAGAUACAGAGCUCUCACUGUCUGAAUUCCACUCAGCGCUCAACACCCUCAGACAGAAAGAUGGCAAUGACCCCAGUUUGCUUGAAAUGGAGUUCCAGCGACUCCCCAAAUUUAAAAACUGGAGAACAUUUAACACGGGAAGCAGUGAGGACAACAAGAAGAAAAACCGGUGCUCAAAAGUUAUCCCAUAUGACUAUAAUCGAGUCUUGUUUAGACUGGACAUUGAGGGCAACCAGACCAGUGACCCUGAGGAUGAGGAGGAAUAUUCAUCAGACGAGGAAGAAGAAUCUAACGAAUACAUCAAUGCCUCAUUCAUUGAUGGCUACUGGUGUCAUAAGAGCCUGAUUGCAGCACAGGGGCCUUUACCAAACACAAUAGCAGAGUUCCUGCUCAUGCUGUACCAGCAACAAACUAAAACACUGGUCAUGCUCACAGACUUCCAAGAGGACGGCAAGGAUUAUUGCCAUCAGUAUUGGGGAGAUGAAAAGAAAACAUUCGGAGACAUGGAAAUUGAGGUUAAAAAGACAGAAAGCUUCCCAACGUACGUGAGACGGCGUCUGGAAAUACAGUCCACAAAGAAGAAAGACAUCUUGGAGGUGGAUCAGUACCAGUUCCUGAAAUGGAAAGCCCAAGUGCUUCCGGAGAACACUCAGGAGUUGAUAGAGAUGAUAAAGGUCAUCAGAGAGAACAGCAAUUAUGACAACAGCAAAAUGAACAGGAAUGUCCCCAUGGUGGUGCACUGCGACAAUGGUUCAUCUCGUACCGGAAUCUUCUGUGCCUUAUGGAAUCUCCUGGACAGUGCAUACUCAGAGAAGUUGGUGGACAUCUUCCAAGUAGUCAAAAACUUGCGCAAGGAGAGACAGGGAAUGGUGGAAACAAUCGAGCAGUAUCAGUUCCUCUACUCGGCUCUAGAAUGCGCUUUCCCGGUGCAAAACGGCGCCGUAAAGACGCCAACUGCAAACGACACCGCACAGGUCAUCAACGAAACGACGGCGCUUCUCGACGAGCCCAAAAGCACAUCCGGUGCUGACCAGAAGGCGGCGGAAGAGAGCAAACCCGCAGAGAGCGGUGAGCAGGAAGCCAAGGAGAACAGCACUGCUGAGGCUCAACCAGCAGAGGGAGACGGAGAGAAACCCGCCACAACCGAGGGAACGACCAACGGCCCUGCCGCCACCGUAGAGGUUUAAGCAUUUUGGGGGCUGAAAUGUUUUGCUAAUUUGACACCACGUGUCAAGAAAAGAUUUGAAAAAAAAAUGCGUUUGGGUUCUUGUUUUACAUUUGACUAUUGUACAUUGCAUGUUAGAUCAGCGGGGGUUAUUUUUUUGUGGAGAAUUCGGGUUGGGAUCGGACUGAUCCAUUAAAACGUGCAUUUCUGCCUCAGGUUUCGGUUUUGAGUCUCUGUAUAAUGAUGCUGUUUGUGUGAAAUCUGUGCAUAUUGAGAGAGUGUAUUCACAUUUGUAAAGGUUUUGCUUUGUGACUUGAUUUUAGGCUAUUAAAUUGUGUUUUGAAUGUAUUGUAAAAUAAGACCUUACAAACGAUAUUUUUGGUUUUUAUUAUAUUUUUUUUAGAUUGAGAACUGUUUUGUACUGAAGUACAUCCAUAUUGCAUCUAAAUUAUGGUGUCUGAAAUUUUUGAUGGAAAGAGUGCUUUUGUCUUCGAGAACAUCCAAAUAAUAGCAAAGAUGACUUUGCACUACUGGGCUGUCAUCAAACUAUCUUUAAUUUCAUUUUUCUUUUUUUCAAGAAUCGCUUUAUACAUAUUUCAUUUUAAGCAUAUGUAACUUAACAAAAAAACAAUAAAGGAUUGAACAACA